AUGGCGACGGGACAUAUACUGCCAGGUUUCGGCCAACCUGUGUCAAACUUAAGGAGAGCUAAAACAGCUUUUCCUAUGGAUAAGACAAAGCUAAAGGAAUACGCUUUAUUAAAUGUCCCGAAGCCAGAUGUGAGGGAAUUAGGACAUAUCAGAGAAAACGCACGGCAGGUCUGGUCCGCCAAACCUACGUAUGCUACCUCAUACAAUUGUCACUAUGAAGGAAAACCACUAGACGAGCAGACAAGAUUAAGGCCAUCGUCACCAACACGAAAAAACAAACCUCACCCCCCAAUGGUAUUUUUGACAAACAGACUUCAUUAUAUCGAUGGUCUCCAGAAUCCUGAUGCUACACUCGGAAAAGAAGUCUAUAGAGUGGAUGGUGUCGUGCCAGACAAUGAGUACAUCAGGAGAAGAUUAAUCCGUGAAAAAUACAUCGCUCGGCCUCAUACAGCAGCUGUGAAUCAGUACGCUGAUGAUGGUUUGAAGGAUGUUUUCCCUGCUACCGAAGCACAAGCUGCAAGUGCAUGGUUGAAACUCGCAGAUGACAAAGAUAAAUUUCAGCUUAUGAAUAUGAUGCAAGAGGAAAGAACAAAGUGUUUUAAAGCAGAAAACAAGACAUUACAAUCACCGACCCCAAAGCUGGAGCGAGCCAACACGGACAUGCCCUCACUGCACAGGUGGAUGAAAAUGGCUGGAGCUGAUGAAAACAAUUCAUUGAAUCGUGUCCUUCAGUCCAUCCGUUCAAACCCUGAUAAUCAGUUAUCAUCACGAGUUGGCUCUGCUUCUGGAUCCUUGAAAGAGAGACGCAACAAUGACAUUGACACCAUGAGGCGGAUUAGAUUUGUGCCAAAAGCAACUCGUGGAGAGUUUUUGAUGCACCCCGAUUGGCCACCCAAUAUUCCUCAUCAUCAUGUGCCAUGA